AUGGGUCUCUCAUCAGCGCUCUCCAAUGCAACAAUCACCCACCCCUACUUCCCGCAAUCCGUGAUUCUCUCCGGCGGAACCUACCUCCCCAACAACUGGGAUGUCGUGACCUUAAUUGCAGUAUUCGGCCUAGGAUGGGCCGCCAUCAUGUUCGUCACGCUCUUGAUAGUCAAGCAAGUUAAUCCGAAUCUCAAAAAGUCGGAUCGGGCUUUAGUGUUGUGGUUUGUACUUUGUGGUGCGAUCCAUCUCUUUUUCGAAGGAUACUUCAUGUACAACCACCACCGCAUGGCCAGCAUGAACGAUUUCUUCGGGCAGCUCUGGAAAGAAUACGCACUAUCCGACUCCCGCUACAUGGCAUCCGACCCUUUCGUCCUCUGCAUGGAAUCCUGGACAGCUAUAUUCUGGGGCCCCCUCUCCUUCCUCACCGCCCUCCUCAUAACCACCAACUCGCCGUAUCGCCACCCCGUCCAAGCGCUCGUCUCAACAGGCCAGUUCUACGGCGAUAUCCUGUAUUACACCACCAGUCUGUUCGAUGACAUUUACAAGCAGCAGAGGCACUAUCGGCCGGAGCCGUAUUACUUUUGGUUUUAUUUCGUGUUUAUGAAUGGUGCUUGGAUUGUGAUUCCGUUGUGUUGUGUAUUCAGCAGUAUGAGAGCGACUGGAAAGGCAUUCGCUGUUGCUCAGAAAGUCGAGCAAGGGAAGAAGAAGUUGUAA